AUGACGCCCACUCCGCCCUCGACAAACUCAUCCACCGGCGCUCGCUCGCCAGAAGAGGCGUACAAGGUCGUUCGGAAACGAAACCGAGUGCCUCUCAGCUGCUACCCUUGCAGAACACGCAAGCAAGUACUGCCAUUCACCUCGAAAUGCGACCGGAAGCACCCUUGCAGCAACUGUACCAAACGUGAAGGCAAUGACACAUCAUCAUGUACCUAUGCCGCCCCCGCCUCGCAGAAAAAGGGCGCCAACCAGGCAGAUCUCAGCCCCGACGACAUGCAGAACCGCAUUGACCGUCUGGAGAACUUGGUCCUCUCUCUCAUGCACUCUGGUGGCAGCGAUCCAGCCUCGGCUGUCGCAGCGGCGCGCGGCCAGUCAAUAUCGCAAUCCACCACCGACAGCGGCGCAUCUGCCAAGAUGGAACAGGACGAUGGAACCAACGGUGACGAAGAGAGCGACGACGACGAUGGUUUGACUGCCUCUCUCGGCAUGCUCAAGGUCGACGCCGACAAGGGCAAAUCAAUGUACAUUGGCCAUGAGCACUGGCACUCGAUUCUCGCUGAUAUAUCCGACGUCAAAAACUACUUUACAUUCCAUCGCAAGGAGCUCGAAACCAGCUACGAACGUGUCAAGAACUCCAAGCCUGCUGCCGCUCGCGAAGGUCCUACUCUGUUGCUCGGUGCCCAGCCAGCGUCAGAAAACGAGCUCCGCAACUCGUUACCUCCCAGGACGCACGUCUUGGCCCUUUGCAGUCGAUACUUCAACUCGAUGGAUAACGCCGUCAGCGUCAUUCACGGGCCAACAUUCCUACAGCAAUUACGAACCCAUUGGCAGGACCCCAGCAAGACGCCAAUCAUGUGGCUCGGUCUCUUAUAUUCCAUUCUCUCUCUGGCCAUGUUGAGUUAUAACAAAGUCGGCGAUGAACCCCCCGAGUGGAGAAGCAGAAGCAUGGCGUUUGCUGAAGAGUAUCGCCUGCGCACCGUCCAAUGUCUCGUCACGGGAGACUAUACAAAGCCCGUUGAAUACACGGUAGAGACGCUACUAUUAUAUGUUCUUGGGGAGUACUCUUCCCGCUGGGAUGCCGAUCUGGGCCUGUGGCUUAUUGUUGGCAUGAUUGCCCGCAUUGCCAUUCGCCAGGGUUAUCACCGCGACGCGAAAUGGUUUCCCUCGCUCAGUCCGUUCCAGGCAGAAAUGCGACGGCGAACUUGGGCGCUCAUUCGCAUGUCGGACAUUGUCUUCUCCCAUCAAGUCUCGCUGCCUAGUAUGAUAAACGAACGAGAUUGCGAUACCCAGCUACCAAACAAUUUAUUUGACGAUGAUUUCCACCAAACCAUCAAGGAGCUUCCGCCAUCCCGUCCACCGUCCGAGCCGACUCCGAUCUCUUACAUGAUUGCCAAGGCAAAGCUCUGCUUCGAACUCGGUAACAUUUUACAAGCUACAAAUCGCCUCGGCAAGGGCAUGCCAUACGACGAGGUCCUACGAUUCGACGCCAAGCUCAGACAGGUCAUGCAAGAUCUGCCUCCUCACCUCAAGCUUACCUCCUUACAAGGCUCCAACGACCCGGUGACUCUAAUCGUCGCUCGUUUCAACGUCAGUGUCUUGUACCAGAAGAUCAUGUGUCUACUCCACCGCCACUACAUGGUUCGCGCCAGACAGAAUCCGCGAUAUGCCCACUCGCGCCGGGCUGCAAUCGAGGCAUCCACGGAGGCCAUGUCUCAUCUUUCCACGUUGCAUCGCGAGUCUCAACCUGGCGGUAAAUUGCGUGCCGUCAGCUGGUACGUCAAGUCGAUUGCAACCAAGGAGUUCAUCCUCCCCGCCAUGCUCAUCAUCCUGGACCUGCACUACGACAACAUUGCCAUGCAGACCAACGCCAGCCAAGAUGGUGAGGGCUCUUUUAUUUGGGACCAUGAGAAGCGCGCCAAGAUGGUCAGCUCCCUGCGACAGGCCGGCUUUAUUUGGUCAAGCCUGGCCGACUCGUCCAUGGAGGCGUUCAAGGCGUCCAAGAUUCUCGAAAUCAUGAUGGACAAAAUCCAGACUCCCGUUAGCAGCAGCGAAAACACGCCCGAGUCCCGUAAUGACUCCGUCUCCAUGGGUGCGCCAUCAUUCACCUUUGACAUGGACUCGCUACCGUCAGAUCCGCAGUCUGUUCUCUCGUCGGCGGGCCUUGGCGACCUUAGCAGCCCCGAAAGCAAUAAUGCCUUUUCAGGAACGAUGGACGCGGGCCCGUUUGUCGGCAUGGACUUUGGCCUGCCUCCUAUGAACAUGGAUAUGUCUAUGGAUAGCCUGAAUCCACUCAACGCCACUGGAGGGCCAAUGUCGCCGCUGAGCAUGUUUACAACCGUUGGCAACGGCCUAGGCGCGGAUGGCGCCGCCGACUUUGCCGCCAAUUUCGACUGGAAUAUGUUUGAGAAUUAUACGCAAAUGGCCAACUGGGGUGCCGAUCAGAGCUUCCAGAUUUAUGCCGAACAGCCGGACCAGCCCGACGGCCUCAACCCUACCAAGAUGUAG